AUGGUGGGUUUCGCUGGCGAUAUCGACUGGGUUCAAUGGGAAAACGCUGUCGAGGUGGCGAAAGAGCAAAACAAACCGAUCUUCUUCCUCAUCCAUAAAACUUGGUGUGGAGCGUGCUCGUCGUUGAAACGCGAGUUCAAAUCCUCGCAAAACACGAAAGAUCUCGUCGAGUUGUCAAAGAAAUUCGUGAUGGUGAAUGUUGAAGAUGAUGGUGAACCAGAAGAUGACAAGUAUGCUCCUGAUGGAGGAUACAUUCCGAGGAUUCUCUUUCUCGACUCUAACGGCUCACCGUUAAGCACAAACAACGAAAAGCGCUACAAAAACAACAAAUACUUCUAUCCACUCGUCCCGCAAAUCAUUGACGCAAUGGCUCGAGCACAAAAAGAAUGGACUGAGGUUUCUGGAAAGAACACUGAAUCAUCAUCAGUGAAGAAGGAUGAGAAGAAGAAGGAAGAAAAGAAAGAAAAGAAGGAAAAAGAAGAGAAGAAAGAGAAGAAAGAAGAUAAGAAGAAGGAUGAUAAGGAGAAGAAGGAAAAGAAAGAGGAUAAGAAAGAGGAGAAGAAGGGAAAGGAUUCGAAGAAGAAGAGUAAGAAAGACGAGUUG